AUGGCGAGCACGUCGAGAAUCGAAGCUAAUAAGGUGGUGUGUUAUGCUCAUCCCGAUGCCCCGCUUAUUGAGGAUUAUCGAGCGGGUGACAUGAUAUGUUCAGAAUGCGGCCUCGUUGUUGGCGACAGAGUUAUAGAUGUAGGUUCAGAGUGGCGUACCUUCAGCAAUGAGAAAUCUGGAGUGGACCCUUCUCGUGUGGGAGGUCCAGAAAAUCCUUUGCUAUCAGGAGGCGAUCUCUCCACUAUCAUUGGUCCCGGAAGAGGGGAUGCUUCCUUUGACAAUUUUUGGGUAUCCAAAUAUCAAAACCGAAGAAACAUUAGCAGCACAGACAGAGCACUUAUAAAUGCUUUUAGAGAAAUAAACACUAUGGCUGAUAGAAUUAAUCUGCCCAAAACUAUAGUGGAUAGAGCUAAUAAUUUGUUUAAACAGGUACAUGAUGGCAAAAAUUUAAAAGGCAGAGCGAACGAUGCAAUUGCCUCAGCAUGUCUAUACAUAGCUUGCCGGCAGGAAGGAGUGCCGAGAACAUUCAAAGAAAUAUGUGCAGUUAGUAAAAUUAGUAAGAAGGAAAUCGGAAGAUGUUUCAAAUUGAUACUAAAGGCGUUGGAGACGUCAGUGGACUUGAUAACAACGGCAGAUUUCAUGUCUCGGUUUUGUGCCAAUCUUGGUUUACCAAACUCGGUGCAACGAGCUGCGACACAUAUUGCAAGGAAAGCUGGGGAAUUGGAUAUUGUAUCUGGAAGGAGUCCUAUAUCUGUUGCUGCUGCUGCUAUAUACAUGGCUUCGCAGGCAUCAGAAGAUAAGCGUAGUCAGAAAGAGAUUGGUGACACGGCAGGUGUAGCCGAUGUAACUAUAAGACAGUCAUACAAAUUGAUGUAUCCAUGCGCUGCCAAAUUAUUCCCCGAAGACUUCAAAUUCGCUACACCCAUUGAAUUCCUACCGCAAAUGUAA